UCUUGCGCCUCAAGCGAAGAAUGAGAAGCGACUCGUAGCAUUAUUCGCCAAGCAUCUUUGUCACGUUGCAGGUCCCGGGAGUUAUAAAUGUUUUAGAAAGCCUGAAUCGAGAUUUUAAGUGUGGAUCGAAGCAGUUCAGAACUACGGUAAUAAACAGCGAAAGUCCCUUAAAUUACCUACGCUCGCAUUUACUGCAAGACGUAAUCGUGAUCCCGGAAAUGGAUAUAAUGUAAAUCGUGGAGAAUUCAUCAGAUUAUCAUGUUACUACCAUAAUUUAUUUGUUAUGAAUAAUAGUCAUGAUGUGUGCGGCCAGCUUACUGGGGCAUCCGGUGUGCAGCUUAUACGAUCUUGAAAGACGAAUUAAAAUCUGUAUCGUGCUUAUUGCGACAUUACUGCUGGCGAAAGCUUUGAGUUGUAGUUCGGCGAAGAACACCAAACGUGAAGAAGAGGACAUUUUGCUGUAUAACGCGGUUGUGGCUGCCCAAGAAGAAAGCGUCCACGGUCGCGUCGAACUACCGCAGCAGACGAAUACAACACUCUCCCCGGAUACCGUGCGUGUUCUGACGGGAGAGACCGCGGUGUUCCGCUGCCAUCACUGUGACCCUCACAAAUUAGUCUGGCGGCAUCAGAACCACCUGAUUAACGGAACGGCACCAGAUGAAAUGGUUCGCCCCAUUGGGGCAACAGCGGAGGUUAGUUUGGCAUCUAAACGCAGCUUUAGUGAUUGUGAACGUGGACACGUUGGCCAUCUGCCCGAUGAAGACGUCGGCCGGGCGCAGUUUCGGCUGCAGCGUAAAGUGUUUAACCGGACAACGUUGGCCAUCGCCGCAAGGACGCAGGCACUCCACGACACCGGCAGAAAAGCGUGAGACGUUGUGUAUGGACAAGUAACUGGCUUCGUCGACAAUUUGUAUGGAGUACUGCUGAUCAUCCACUAUCACGGGUGCAGCGCGAGGGGCCUUUCUGUACAUCCCCAAAGAUCACCAGCUGCAGCGCGUUCUCCACCUGGAGCCCGGUCGGUGGCUGCACGCCGAGCUGCAGCACAACUAUUCUUGCUCAGAGUCUGGGCCCGCCGUCUGCGAGGAGACGCUGCACCUGUGGGCCACACUCCGCCUAGGACCCAACCCCAGCGUCGUGGAGUGCUGGGUGCGUGCGGACCCCAACACGGAGGAAUGGGUGGUGCAGAAAGCACUGCUGAAUAUAUAUUAUCAUGCCGAAUCCGCUUAAGCGGUAGCGUAUAUGCCUAUCCGACCAGGGCGCAUAGGCCGGC